CUUGUCGCUCUCUCUCUCUCCCUUCUCUCUCUCUUUCUACUUUCUAGUGCGCUCUCUCUCGGUCUCUCCUCACCCUGCCAUUGCUAAGGUCUUAUUCGUCUUAUAGGAUUUUGAGAGGCAAGAUGUCGUCUUCGUACUCUCCCUGCGCAGCGUGCAAGUUCUUGAGGAGGAAGUGCACGGAGGAGUGCUCGUUCGCACCCUAUUUCCCGCCGGACCAGACCCAGAAGUUCGCCAACAUACACCAGGUCUUUGGCGCCAGUAACUUGAGCAAGCAUCUCAACGAGCUCCACCCCUCGCAGCGCGAGGACGCCGUAAAAUCGUUGGCAUACGAGGCAGAAACUCGUCUGCUGGACCCGGUGUAUGGUUGCGUUGGCCUCGUCUCCAUUCUUCAGCAUAGGAUGAGACAGAUUCAAAAUGAUAUUGUCGGUGCCAGGAGAGAGCUUGCUAGCUACAUUGGGCCGGAGGCCGCAAUGCUCCCCGUUGUGCAACAGUACCCGGGGAUAGGGUAUAUGCCCCAACAGCAGCAUCCGGGCAAUCCUUCGUCCUCGGUUGUUUUACCCCAACAGCAGUACCCGGGCAAUCCUUCGUCCUCGGUUGUUUUACCCCAACAGCAGUACCCGGGCAAUCCUUCGUCCUCGGUUGAUUUACCCCAACAGCAGCAUCCGGGCAAUCCUUCGUCCUCGGUUGUUUUACCCCAACAGCAGUACCCGGGCAAUCCUUCGUCCUCGGCUGUUUUACCCUACAACAUGUCGCCAAUGCUUGGGAUUCCUAUCAGGGCUCCGACGCGUGGUGGGGCAUUGGUGAUUCGCGAGCCCCGGCCCCAACCCCAACCCCAACCCCAGCACCAGCACCAGCACCAGCACCACCAAUAUCAGUUAUUUGAGGCACAGCAAUUGGCAGCGGCUUUGGCUGAGGCUCUGGCAGCGCAACAGGAACUUUUACUGGCUUAUGAGCAGCAGCAACAACUGCUGCAGCAUAUGCAUCUGCACCCGAACCAGCAACAACCGGAGCUUGUAAUGUUCAACAGUGGAUUAAUCGACCCAGCGGCCGUAGCGGGCAGUUCGGUGACUGCUAGUGGGUUCAACCAGAUGAAUGCUGCCAUGUCGCCUUCGUUUACUCUGGGCACAUAUGAGAACCCUAGCGAGUUUGAACUACAGCAAUGGGAACAUCACGACCCUUCUGAUCACCACCAUCAACUUGAGGCGCAGCUCUUGCUCCAACCACAACAGGCACAAGCACAUAAAAAAGGCAAGCAAAUCGUGCAGCAGCCUGAGGUUGAUAGCAAGAAGAGUAGUACUGUUGGUCUGUACUGCUGAUUUUUUCUUCACCAAAUCCCUUUAAGCACAUUCCCGUUUUUCAUCAAGUCGAUUUUCAUUCUAGGUACGUAUGUGCUGUUAGAAAUGAAAUGAGAACUCAAAAUGAAAAAACAUUGUGGAGAAAAUCUGACUCUCAUUCAUCCAUCGAUUGAUACAAAAACUUUUGCUA